UUUUGGUUGCAUCUCGUUUUGCUUUUGUCUGGUAAAUGUAGAAAUUUGGUCACUGCAGGUUCAUUAUUUCAUUUAUUUGUAUAUGGAUAUGACUUUAUGAGAGCCUAACUUUUAAUAGAAUGUUAUAUUUCAGUGGAUAUAAAUAAUAUUGCUUUAUAAUUGUUAUUCAAUUAUAAAAUCUCGAGAUGCCGAAGACAACUUCUUCAAAUGUUGCCAGUCAGAUUGCUCAAACACAAAAAAUCAGGAGAAAACAAAUUGAAAAACUGAAACAAUUAAAACUAAAUGUAACCAUGAUACAGAGGGAUGUUCAAUAUCAGGUUGAUUUUAUAUUGAAGCAUGAGAAUGAGCAAUAUGCUUAUACUAUUAUUAUUGAUUUGCCACCUGCAUUUCCAUCAGAGGCACCCAUGUUGUUCGUUCAUCCUCCAUGCUCACACAAAUAUCUAGAUGCAGCGCAAGUUGUAGUUAGUUUUCCACCAUUAGACAACUUCAAGAGCAAACCAGAUUUGUCUUCCGUUGUGAAACGACUGAUAAAUGAAUUUGAAAAAAAUCGUCCAAUUCCGUUGCUAGUCCAAGGAUAUCAAAUAGAUAAUGAAAUGUCAGAAGAUUACAUUGCACAAUUAUCCGAAGUUACUCAGAUGAAUAGUAAUUCGAAUGAUAGCACAAAAUCAACAUCAGUUUACAAUGGUCCAAAGUUGCCCGAUGUCAUACCUGAACUGGAUAAUCUGUCACUUGAGGAACUAAAAGACCUCGAUGAAGAUGAAAUCCAACUCCUAGGUGUGUUUCACAGCACUGAAAUGUCGAAAGCGAUUCAUGAUGAAAGAGAAGAAAUCUCAAAACGAAUUGAAAAAAUUGCAAAGGACAAUUUAUCUAGGUCUGCAGACCUUGAGAAAUGUAGAGAAAAUUUAGUCAAAAGUUUUGAUAAAUGUCAAAAAAUGAAAGAAGAAUAUGAUGGCAAUGUCAAAAAAUUUAUGGAAGCUUCAGAAUGGAUGUCUUUAAAUAAUAUUUCACUCAGAAUUCAAGUCUCAACUGCUGAACAAGAAGAAAAAACAGAAAAGAUGGUAGAAAAUUUUUUAGAUGGAGAUAUGGAUGUAAAUGACUUUACAAAAGAAUUUGUCAAAUCUAAAACUAUUGCUGCGACCAGAAAAGCGCAAGAAGAUAAGAUUCAACACAUACUUGCUUCACAGUGAAUAUUACAGGGGUGCAUUAAAAUUUUUAACUGUUACCAUUCGAUGUUGAAAUUCUUAUCAUAUUGUUAAUAAUGACAAGUCUGGUAGCAAUUGGCCAAUCAAUGGCUAAGGAUGGGGAUUUGACGAGGUUAGACAGAAUGUUACGAUUGUUGUUUGUGCAAUUUUUUUAUGGUGACUGGACUACACAUGAUAGUCAUUCAAAUACUUAGUUGAAGAUUGAGUUGAACGCAAAUGAUUCAGACAAAUUGUGGAAAAACUGAAAAUUCAGUUUAUAAUGUACAUUUUGUUUAUUGGGAGAGUAUAAUUUUGAACAUGAUCAUUUGGCUCGUUACUCAUUUGUGAAUUCUGCAGGAUAUACAAAAACUAAACAAUUUAAUCUGUCACUUUUGAGUGUGGGAGAUAUCUACAAUUUCAAUAACUGGCAAAGAUCAAUUUUUUGUGUUGUGGUAAACAAUAAAAAAUGUUUCAGGGAAAAUGAACCUCCCGCCACCUUUGUUUAUAAGUUAUAACAAAUUGAGUCAAGUUAAUACGUCAAGUUGUUCUCAUUAUAGAUUGAUUUGGUAGAAAUCAGCUAAUUGUGAACCAUAUUCAUUGUAAUUUUAAAUAAUCUUCAAUUCUAGAAUUCUAAUAUUUAUAUCCUUUCAUGGAGACAGCUGGGAUUGGGAUUCAGAACAUCCAUAAAUAGUUAUAUACAGUCAGUAAAUUGGCUAUUUAUAUUUUAAUUUCAUAUUAUUGGUCAAAUAUGAACCAUAUUAAAUAACAUAUCAUCAGUAUUGCCAUCAUGUCCCCAAACAUGGUUGAAUAGGAUCAUUGAUUGUUUAAUUGGAAUCUUCUGAUCAAUAUCUGUCUGUUUAAAUAAGCAACUAAAUCACGAUUCAGACGUUUUGGUGAAAAUGUUCAAAAUGUGAUUUAUCAUCAUAAUAUAAUUAUCAUUUCUGACAUUCUGAUAUGAAAUUCGAACUUUCUUUGAUACCAAAUUUUUGUGCAGUAAACACAUCUCAGUUGGGUUAUUAUGGUUGAAUUCUUAAUGGAAAAAAUGGGGCUUAUUUCCUUUCGAAACUGGUUGUCUAAAAUGGAAUUUUAUUUUUUACACUUUGCAGAGUUUGAAUUCUGCCAUAGUUUUGAAUGGGCCAUAAUUCCAUAAUUAAAUCCAUUCAUUUUUCACAUAUCUGGUGUCACAUGGUAAAAAUAAUAUGAUUUUUAAUUAAAAAGCAUUCGAAUGUCAUGUAUCCAAAUUCAUAUGAUAAUUUUGCUUCGUGCAUUGCUAUUCUUGGCAAGCUGUGUUUGACAUUGAUUAUUUCCUGGCUGCUAUAGUAAGUUUCGUUUCAUGUUUUCGUUUAUUUAUUAUAAUAAAGUAAUAAUAUUAUUUUCUUGCACUUAUUAUUUUUUAUCACGAAUAUGUAUGUAAAAAUAUGCAUUAUUGCAUAACUGGCCUGCUCGAAACUGUUUCAUAUUUAGACAAGAGUCCCAACUACAUAUCAAAAAUAUGUUUCGUAAUGACUUUGCAAUUUUAGUUUACUUUCAAUACUGCAUAUUUUUAUUGUGAGAAUUUUGUUACAUAACUUGUUUUCCUGAAUUUGUUAUUGCUACAACCACAUGGUUUUAAUAUAAGAUGACAUAGAGUUAGAAUCUUUUUGGCCCCAAAUUAGCACCAAUAACAAUCAUUACCAAGGAAUGUGUGUACUUAUAUCCUCGCAUAUAGGCCGACCCCCUGAAAACGGUGAAUUUAUAAAAAUUGCCUAUCGACCCUACGAAACGUAACAGUAACACCCUAACAAACGUAACGUCAUAUGCACCUAUCACAGCAAAUGGUUGAAGAAGAGAAUUAGUGUGAUCAUCGCAUUUAUGCGCAUUUGAGCCGACUCCUCAGUUUGGCUAUUUUUUUCGAGUUUUAAACUCAGCUUAUGUGCGAGGUGAGGAUAUACGUUAUGUUCCCUCAUACUUACCGAGAAUAACAUUUAUCUUGAGAUUUAUCAAAUUUCCCAUUGGUGCAUUAUUCUUCAAAGCAAUUUUUCACUUUCAUUGUUAGUAAAUGUAUCUUUUAUUCAUAAUAUAUUUCUUUGAUAGCA